UAUAAAUACCGACAACUAGUCUCUCCAUUCUCACCAACUAAGGCGUGAGAGAGAGAGAGAGAGAGUCUCUGCUCGGAUCCUUCCUCUGUGGUCGCCAAGGCCAAGGUGUACCGCGUACAUCAUGUCUCGUGAUCCAGUUGAUUUAAGUCCAGGGCAGCUUCAUAAGCUAGCUGAUUUGAUCCACCGACAAGAAGUGCAGAAGCUUCUAGAGCUCGAGUUCCAGUCAUACGCGGAGCAGCAAAAGUACCUCAACGAUGCGAAAGAUGCCCGUGAUAAGGUGUACCAUGUCCUUGACAGUGCACAGGACAUGAUAAAACAAACCGAGGACCCCGCCAAGCAAUCUAUUGCCAAGGAUGUGUAUGACUACUGCACCAAGGCCAUCGGAACAUCCCUCCAAUUCAUCCGUAGUUACAACACCCGUCUCACCUACCUUGACAAGCUCAAGACCCACAGUGAAGACCUCAUCAAACAGCUAAAGUGGCUCAAUCCAGCCACCCAACAGAAGGAAGCUCAGCGCCUUGCUCUUGAGGCCGGCAUGUAUAAGAAAGCUGCGCUUGAUAAUGCCAAAAAGUUUCAGCAUUUUGUACCAAAUCAAUUCUCAAAAUGGCUCAAGGAGAGUAAAAUCUUGUUUGAGGAUCUUGUGCAAGAGUAUGUCCCUACAUCAUCAUCAUCAUCAUCAUCACCAUCAUCAUUAUAAUUAUUAGUAGUAUUAUUGAUGUUGUUAUUGUUAUU